AUGGGCAACUCGUCUUCCUCGUCGACCCGUGCGCAUCACGAAGAUACCGUCGACUUUGGCUCUCUCGUUCCCCAAGGCGUUUACACAGGUCCUCGAGACUGGAAUCAACCCAUUGUUUCUCAGCAUAUCGUCGCACGCAAGUUGGCGCCCUUCUAUCGCCCUCUGGAGGAGUAUGACCCUUCAUGGGAUGAUGACCAGAUUCUCGCUGCUAGAAAGGAGCUUUCAGAGUCUGAUAAUGCGGAUACUGUCACACGUAUUGAGGCGGCCGCGACGGCUCAUUUAAACGCUUCCAAGUCUGCUAACAAGCGGCCGGGAGUGACGAAGGAAUCGAGCAGACCAGAGGCGGCAGUCUAUAGGGGCGCAGUUGAAUGCCCCAUCUGUUUCCUCUAUUACCCACCAAACAUUAACCACUCCCGAUGUUGCGACCAAGCUAUCUGCACAGAAUGCUUUGUUCAGAUCAAACGUGCUGAACCCACAACGACACAUCUCGUCUCCGAGCCUGCAGCAUGUCCAUACUGCGUCCAAGAUAACUUUGGGAUCGUAUAUACUCCUCCUCCCUGGCGUGCUGGUAUUAGUAGUGAGGGCUCGAGUUCACUGUGGUCGCUAGAUCCUCCACGUUCACCACAAUCAAUAGAAACAUCCCCUCCAUUCCCUACACAUAAACGACGUCAAAAGAGUUUCGGCGCUGACAGCCCCGAGGUCGUGACGACAGAUCAAAUACGACCUGACUGGGAGGCAAAACUUGCCGCAGUUCGUGCCGCGGUUGCAAGACGUGCCAACAGACGGAUUAUCAUGCGCCAGGUUGGAGAUCGGCUUAUUCCUGUGGGUGUAGGUCGAAUUCAAACACCUGAGGAGGUUGCUGCGGAAGCCACAGACGUAGCAGGAAGUAGGAGAAGUCGCAGGCGACAACCACAGCCAAAUGGGAAUUUUGAGCAAUUUGUGGGGAUGGGCAAUCAAGAUCUCGAAGAACUUAUGCUUAUGGAAGCGAUGCGUUUAUCGCUGAUAGAUCACGAAGAACAUCAGAAGAAAGAGGCAGAGGAGAAGAAGAAGCAAGCGGAGACUGCCCUUGCUUCAGGCGCAACACCCGCAUCCGGCACUCCUUCGGAAAUACAAGCAGCUCCUGGUCCCGGUCCUUCUACGAUUGAAGCUCGGCUUGCGACACACUCAUCAAUUUCGUCAAACCUCUCAUCAUCACCCGCCUCCGUCGCCCCAAUUUCCUCCGGUUCAUCUGCAAACUCUCAACAUGGGUCUCAAGAUGGACUUGCGCCCAGCAGAAAGUCUUGGUCGAUUUCACGUAGCCGUACACCACCUCCACCAUCCAACGAUGAUCAGUCAACCUCAUCGCGUCGGAAGAGCGCUACGGGCGCACCCCCAUUCAGCGCGUUGAGUGCGGCCUUAGUUUCUUCUUCGACUUCGACAGCAUCUGCUUUCUUGGGAGGACCUAUUGGCAUGGAUGGCACAGCCCCAUCCACAUCUUCAGCCAACGGAUUUCCAUCAUCGCACCCAGACCGAGGGCUUCCUUCGAUACCGAUCAUCACGGUUGACGACAACACACAUCAUCCUCCACAAACCCCGCCAGAUGAGACUUCAACGCACCCACCCGCCAUAACGUCUACUUCUUCCUCAAUGUCCUUCGCGGAUGCGGCGAACCACGGUCCCAUGUCAUAUGGAGAGUUACCUUCAUCUCCGGAGUCGGAUAUCUUACAUGAACCACUAAUUACAAGGCGCCGUGAGCCCGAGACCAUUGGGAAAGUUGUGGUCUCGGGCUUUUCGAUGCGAGGGGAGGGUCAGAGAUCAAUGACCAUUGCUAAUGACGACGUCUUUUUCUCGUUCUACUUCGUGUCCCUACAUACCACCACACACGCCUCGCUGUUAGCCUGCCUAGAAUUGUUCUUGACAUUUUUGGGGGGAUUCGAUGAGUACAUCAUGACAGCUAUAUCUGCAUUUUCUCAAUUCAGCCCUCCCAACUCCUCGAACAAUUUUUCUAUCCGCAUUCCUUUGGAGCCCUUACGUGUCUCUCCCUUGUCAGGUCAUGUUUAA